UCUAGUGUCUGCUCAAGUUCAUAUCUAUUUAGAUAUAUUUGUAAAUCAUAUUGAAGCCUGUGGUAUUAAGUCAAAGAAUAAAUAUGUUAAUUAUUUUUAUUGUAAUUUUUACUCCACACAGUGCGUCAGGAUAUUUGACCGAACUUUCCGACGGAAAUAAAUGUCAAAGAUUCAUGUGUGAAUAUGAGAUACGAGAAACACUUACAAAUCUUAUAGAUAGAAUUUCUAAAUUGGAAGCGCAACAGAGACCGGCAGUAUCGGCCUACGUACGUUUAUCUGAAACAACAACCCUCGGAACAUCCGGAAGAGUCAAGUAUAAUAUUGAAAUUACCAACAUUGGUGGAGCUUACAACUUUGAGGCUAGUCAGUUCACUGUUCCCGUGCCCGGUAUCUACAUAGUUGACGUGACCGCGUGUGUGACGAACUCUGAAGCCAUGAACAUAGAUAUCAUGAAAGACGGUCUUAAAAUUGGAGUUGUGAGGUCUGGAUCCCCGGAUUAUGUUGACUGUUCAUCAGCUUCCCUAAGCAUCCAUCUUGACGCUGGAGACAAUAUCUGGGCGCAGCGUGGUGUACCUUCUUAUUCACACAGCUUGUUUGAGGGACGCGGAUGGAACUCCUUCACAGCGACACUCAUACAUGCAGACUAGAUUCAUGUUUUAUGCUCUGUGCAUAAACAGACUGAUACAUAAUGGAUUUGUGUCCAAUUUAUAUUAGGAAAAUGUUGAAUUGUUGCACGACUGGGUGAAUCCCCAACCGAAGAAAUGAUAACAUUAAUGCAGGUUGGGGGUCACCAAAUACACAUUCUAAUGCUUUAAAGAUAUUUAAUGUGCGUCUUAGAAGUGUAUUUUUGGCACUAACAUUUUCAUCAAAUGAGACCAACUUGAUUAAAUACAUGUAUAUAAUUUAAUGUUUGUAGAGCUACAUAACAGUCAUCUGUAAAAAAAAAAAGCCGUAGAUGUAUUAGGAGUGUACUACAUGUUCUUUAAACCUAAUUCACAAAACUGUUUAUAUAGGAGAUAUCGCCGUGACGUCACGCAUUAACAUCUGUUUAUCUGGUGAUGGGCAAAACAAAUGUUUGACAUCGUUUCUGUAUGACAUAGGAAUUUUCAAUUUUUAAUAACUUUUUCGCUCAUUAUGGAUUUUCAAAAUUCAAAAAGUUUUGAAAUACUUACAAUUUUCAAAUUUUCGUAUUCAAAUAUCUUUUUUCAAUGAAUAACCGUUUUAAAGCAGCAUGCCUCCAGAUUUGGCUAAAAAUAAUCUUUCUUUCAAAUUGAAGUUUUGGUCAUUUUAUGAACAUUAGAUUAUGAAUGUUUGUCUCUAAAAUAUUUUAAACAUUCCAAAUCAAUAAAGAAAAGAUGACCGCGUCGGGAAUCGAACGCUGGACCGCCGCGGCAAUAAAGAAAUUUUCUCGUCGUCGUAACUAAUAGCGCUAUAGCUGAAGUAGUGAAUAAUGACUUCGAAAUAUCAGAUAUUUAAAAUUGAGACAGUUUUCAUCGUACAAAGUAGUAAAAACAGCAAAUUCUCAUGUAAAGAAAUAUAGCAUUUAUCUCAAGAUAUUAAAAAGAUUUUUUUUUGUCGCACGGUCUGGAGGCAAAUGACAUAAUUUUAAAAGCGGCGUAGUGAUGUUCAAAACUGUUAGAUGUUUUUUACACUGUAAGUUAAGCGUUCAUAAUUAAUCCAAUUUAUUUCGAAAUAACAAUUAAAAGUAGUUAAUAAAUUGCUUGUUUUAUAACCUUUCCAUUGAUACAAAAAUAUUGAUAUUAUUUGUGUUUAAGAAAGUUUAGACCGUUAGAAAAACACCACUGUUAAUACAAAAAAACUUUGACAGUCGGCUUCUGCCCACCCGAUCACAGUCUUAUAGGUUGUAAAAAUAGAAAAUACACCGGAUUUGUAUACAAACACGAUCUCUCCUAAACAGUUCGUUUUUGUAAACACCAUGUUUGUAAACAUUAAAGACUGCGUUUUGUAACCUUAACUCCGGCUUCCAUAAUUUAGUGUUUCUAAUAUAAGAAAAACGUGAGCUCAAGCUAAAACAAAACAUAAUCAGAAAGUAGAAAGGUCAUUUUGUAAGUAGAGAAAUUUUGAAAUUGAAAAACCUGUAAAUACGUAUGACCUAGUAAUCAAACUGUACAUAAACAUUUUUAAUUUUAUAUUUACAUAGAUAUUAUGAAGUUUUAGUACAUUUUCUAAUAUAUCUUAAAUUCUUUGUGUUGAAAUGAAAGGAUCACCUUUAAACCAUUUUGAGAAAUAAAGAAUAAUUGUGUUCA